GAAACAUAUUAUAUUCUUAUUUACAAUAAAAGUGAGUCCAAAAUGACACAAUACAUGAUUUCCAUUCAUUUCUAUUGAUUGGGCCUAUGCCCACCCUGGCCGACCCAUGGCUGCGCCCCUGCCCAGUCAUGUGAAAUCCAUAGAUUAGGGCCUAAAUAAAUUGAUUUCAAUGGACUGAUUUCCUUUUAUGAACUGUAACUCGGUAAAAUCAUUGAAAUUGUUGCAUGGUGCGUUUAUAUUUUUGUUCAGUGUACAUAUAGAGGGAGAACUGCGAGUUGUGGAUGUUUGUUUUCAUUGUGCAAAGAUAGGCCUAAAACGUCACUCAAAUUAGCCAACGCGACUUUUCCUCUGCUACUCCAAAACCCGACCUCAAAAAUGGUCGUACAUUAUGUUCCAUGCCAUCUGUUGUAGACUUUAGACUUAGUCACAGUAAUUUAAUGUAACCGCAAAUAAAUUGAUGAAAAAUAGGCUUUGUCAACUUUCCUUGUUGUGUCAAUAAGGAGAUUCAAUUUAAUCUGGCCCGAGUGCCCGAGUAGGUGUGUUUUGCACCAGGUGAAAGUUAAUUGCAUUCGUUUUGGAACCUGGCUGCCUCCCGGGCGUUAGCCAGGCGCCCUGUUCAAAGCCUACGGCAAAGUCAGUUAUCUUCAGUUCGGAAAGCCGGAGCUCUAGGAGGAGGCCAGAGUUUUUGACUUGGAAUUCCUAGUUGGAUGACCGUUCAAAAGAGUUUUGUCUGACUGAACUUUGAUACACAUUGAGAGAAAAUCAAUUUCACUGCAUUUCAUUAUUGUUUGAUAGUAUUUAUGGAACAAAUUUACUACAGGAUUUUUCAAUUUAUAAUAGAAGAGUAUCAUAUCACUUUAUCUUGCCUUUGAAAGUCACCAAAAGCAAUUGUUGAGUUUAGUUGCAGGUAGAAUUUAUUUAUUUUUUUGCUAAAUAACUUAGAAUAACCCAAUUUCCCCCAGAAUAACGUAUGAUAAUGAACAGAACACGAGAUCAACACCAGCACAGUCUGGUAUCGCUUUCCCAGAUCAGUUGAAUAUGGAUACAGCUCUAUGAUAUCCACAGAAUGAUGUGGGGGUAGGGUGCACGUCACACACAGCAUAUACAUGAAUAAGCACCCUCUGUCUGUACCUUUAAACCAAUAUAGAUUACUGUAUCUGAGAGCCUUCAUCACUCAUCCAGUUUAUCACUGUCCGCUCUGCACCCUGCCCUGCCUAUAUUGUCAGAGACGGUGUGUAAUGGAAAGACAAACAGCCCAGGACAGUGACAAAUGGUCCAGGGUUGGACACCCAAGAUAAAACUUAUCUGUGUUUAAUUUUUUUAAUCAAAGGUCCAUGUUAUUAUUUUUUUAAAGUUAGUUUUUGGAUUUUGUAGGGGGGGAUACCUAGUCAGUUUUACAAUUGAAUGCCUUCAACUGAAGUGUGUCUUCUGCAUUUAAACCAACCCCUCUGAAUCAGAGAGGUGCAAAGGGCUGCUUUAGUCGACAUCUCCGUCUUCGGCGCCCGGGGACCUUGAUAGAGUCUUUACCAAAAAUUGUCAGUAUGUGAUCAAGAGGCAGGAGUUUAGACUUCUAGACAACCCUAGGCCCUAGUCUUAAUACAUAUUCUCAAUUGAAGGACAGAUUUUGUAGUAUAAUGUAAGCUUAUGUUUCUGUGCAGGUAGCCUAAUCCAUAUGUAUUGUAUACACUACCAUCAAUUGGUGUUUGUGAAGGUACAUUAUGCCUGUAACAAAUUAUAUAUAUUGUCAGUUAGGCUUAGGUAGAAUUAGGGAAACAGAUCUUGAAUCAGUUGUUAAAUAAAAAACAAUUAAAGUCAAAAGUAAUCCCAUUGGACUGAGAGCUUGUGGGGCCAGUCAUGUGACUUCUUGGAUCAACCAGUUCUUUGUGAUAAGAAUCUAGCAGUUAUGUAAAAGAGAAAGUAAAGAAAGCUCCCAGUUUACCUUCAUGUUGUUCUUUUGAAGAUAACAAACCACGAAGUGUAAGAAUGCACUUUUUCUUCUCUUCCAGCGAAGCCCUGGAUCUUUCCUUGUUCCAGAUGUUCAUCUUUGACCGGUCAGGGAUGUGUGGCCAGAGGACAGAUGUGUGGAGUGAUGUCGUUGAUGCCACACCCUGGCAACUACAGGAGACCAUCUCUAUCAGGUGGAUGACUACCAUGGGGUUAAGAUAUAUGACCCUUAUGCCUGGUUGGAAGAUCCUGACAGUGACGAAACAAAGGCCUUUGUGGAGGAGCAGAAUAAGCUGACCAUGCCAUUCCUGGAGCAGUGUGCGGUCAGGCCUCAGUUUCACCAGCGGCUAACUGAGCUCUAUGACUACCCCAAAUACAGCUGCCCCUACAAGAGAGGAAACAGGUAUUUCUACUUCCAUAACCUGGGCCUGCAGAACCAGGAUGCACUCUAUGUGCAGGACUCUCUGGAUGGACCAGCCACAGUCUUCUUUGACCCAAACACACUGUCUGAGGAUGGGACUGUAGCCUUGAAGAUGGGGCGCCUAUCGGAGGAGUGCGAGUACUUUGCGUACGGCCUGAGCUCCAGCGGCUCCGACUGGGUGACGGUGCACUUCCUGAAGGCUGAUGACCUCACGAAGCUGCCUGAUGUCCUGGACAGGGUGAAGUUCAGCUGCCUGGCCUGGACCCACGAUGCCCGCGGAGUGUUUUAUAACUGCUACCCCCGGCAGGACGGCAAGGCUGAUGGCACAGAGACUACAUCCAACCUCAACCAGAAACUCUACUACCAUGUGAUUGGCACCAACCAAUCAGAGGACAUCCUGGUGGCUGAGUUCCCUGACAAUCCAAAAUGGCACAGUGGAGUAACGGUGUCAGAUGACGGCAGGAUAGCAGUGCUGGACAUCACAGAGGGCUGUGAGCCAGUCAACCAGCUGUGGUACUGUGACCUGCAGAAGCUGCCCAAUGGCAUCACAGGCCUGCUGCCUUGGGUAAAGCUGGUGGCUAACUUUGAGGCGCAGUACUCCUACAUCACCAACGAGGGCAGUGUGUUCACCUUCCGCACCAACCUGGACGCCCCUCGUUACUGCCUGAUCAACAUUGACCUGGAGAAACCAGACAAGGACCACUGGAGGACCCUCCUACCCCAGCAUGACAAGGACGUCCUGGGCUCUGUGGCCUGUGUGAACCAGCACCACCUGCUGGUCAACUAUGUCCAUGACGUGAAGGACAUCCUGCAGUUGUAUGAGCUGACCACUGGUGGUCUGGUCAGAGAUCUGCCUCUGGACGUGGGCACUGUGGUGGGUCUCAGCUGUAAGAAGAAACACUCUGACUUCUUCUACAAGUUCACCUCCUUCACCACGCCAGGUGUGAUCUACCACUGUGACCUGAGCCAGGCGUCUCCAGAACCCACCGUGUUCAGACAGGUGGAGGUGAAGGGUAUUCAACAGGAGGACUAUGAAACCAACCAGGUGUUUUACCCCAGUAAGGAUGGAACUAAAAUCCCCAUGUUCCUGGUGCACGCCCGUGGUCUAAAGAAGGACGGAUCACAUCCUGUCUUCCUGUACGGAUACGGAGGUUUUGAGAACUCCAUCCAACCAUACUACAAUGUUCCGUACCUGCUGUUUGUCAGACACCUGGGGGGAAUCCUGGCUGUAGCCAACAUCAGAGGAGGAGGGGAGUACGGACAGACCUGGCACAAAGGUGGUACCCUGGGGAACAAGAUGAAUUGCUUUGAUGACUUCCAGUGUGCAGCAGAGUAUCUGAUCCAAGAGAACUACACCACAGCCAGCCGCAUAGCCAUCAACGGAGCCUCCAAUGGGGGACUGCUCGUGGCGGCAUGUGUGAACCAGCGUCCGGACCUGUUCGGCUGUGCUGUGGCUGAAGUUGGGGUGAUGGACAUGCUCAAGUUCCACAAGUUCACCAUCGGCCACGCCUGGACCACUGACUACGGCUGCGCAGACCACCCUGAGCAGUUCAAAUGGCUCAUUGAGUACUCCCCUCUUCACAACCUCCCCCCUAACCCUCACGCUGGCGCUGCCUACCCCGCCAUGCUCCUACUGACUGCCGACCAUGACGACCGGGUGGUGCCCCUUCACACCCUGAAAUACUGUGCCACACUGCAGCACGGUGUGGGCAGCAGCCCCGGGCAGCGCCAGCCUCUCAUGGUCAGGGUGGACACCCGCAGCGGUCACGGAGCAGGCAAGCCUACUGCUAAGGCCAUCCUGGAGGAUACUCACAUCUUCUCCUUCAUCGCCCAGACACUGGGGCUGAGCUGGAGAGAGUGAGGGAGGGAGGGAGGAGAAAAGGGGAGGAAAAAGGUAAAGGAAAAGUGAGAAAAAGAGGAGUAGCGGGAGAGACUAGCAGAGACAGAGGAGGUUAGGAGAGAGGAAUGGGGAAGGGAAUUUUAAGGAGUGGAGGGAGGAUGAGACAAGAGUAACUUGCACUGGGAAAACAGGUGGUGUUUGACAAACUGAUACUGUACACUAUAAAACCCCACAGUGGAUGUGUCAUAAUACCCAUCAAAUCUAACAGUCAAACAGGGAAAUGGUUCCAAUUGUUUUUCCACCAUUCAUUUUAGAAACACUUCAAAUAAGGGCUGUGUUUUGUGUCGGCCUACCCUGCUGUGAUGUUUUGAUAACUUAUCAAUAUAUUCACUUUAUUUUGUAUAAAUAAAAUGUUAUUUCUA